ACGACGACGACGACGACGACGACUACGACGACUACGACGACGGCGACGACGAGGAAGAGAUAAAGCAGGGACGAUAGAAGGAAAAAGAAAAAGAGGCGGCGAAGGAGGAAGAGGAGGAGGACGUAUCGUCGCCGCGCGACAGACAUAGCAAGAGCAAGAGCAAGCCGACGAGACCGGGCGCCGCGCGCUCGCACGUUGUCGAGCCGCGCUUUACUAUAUCGCGCUACACGCGCAUCGUGAUCCGCGUACGCGCGCGUGAAACAUACACGCGCACGAUAUUACAUAUUUAUAUGCAUACACGGUGACCCGCGCGCGGAGAUAAUACAGUGUAAAUGGCGCUCUCGGCGCAGAACCAGUCGACGUCGUACGUGAACUUGUAUUACUCGAUCGUCCAACGUGCGGCGACGCGCUACUUUAAGGAAUAUUACAACUCCGAUACUGGCGCGCCCUACGUAUUGUACAAAGAUAACAUGGAGAGACCCCAGGGUCAGUGGGGCCCGGGGCCGGGAUCUCUCCAGGACGGUGGACUGUACCCGCAGCAGCAACAACAGCAGCAGCAGCAACAGGGUUCCUCCUCGUCGGGAAGUCCACAGCAGGCCUGUGGACCUCCGGUCGAGGGUGGCGAAAGUGGUCCCCCGCCCUCGUUAGCCUCGCCCGUGCCCUCACCAUAUCCCUCGGCGCCUCCCGAGCCUCAAUCCUUGACGCCGCCGGACGAUGACAUACAAUCAAGUCAAGCCACGUCCCAGCAACAGCAACAACAGCAACAACAACAAACGCAGCAGCAGGUCCAGCAGCAGCAGCAGCAACAGCAGCAGCAGCAAGUUCAACAGCAAUCUCAGCAGCAACAACAAACGCAACAGCAAGAUCACUCGCCGCAACAACAAUUAACUCCUCACGGAGAGGUGGAUCGCAGCGACUGCUUUCCUGGCGCCGGAGAGCUGCAGCAAUAUCCGCAGCAUUAUUUCAAAGAGGCUCGGCCGCACCCCUCACCGUCCGUGCCACCGCAUAUGCUCACGCCCGGCGGCUUCUCCGCGCUGCACUAUCUCAAGCAACCCGGAGUAAUGCUGACGUCUCUCGGCCAAGGCGACGGCGGGCCCGGUCUGGAUGCGCACCAGUACGCGAGUCCGGGCGCGCCGAACAUGGGGACCGGACUGCCUGACAUCGUGCAGCAGAGCGGCAAAUCGUCCAAGGCCGGUAACAGCGAUCUACGUCUGUUCAAGUGCUUGACCUGCGGCAAAGACUUUAAGCAGAAGUCAACUCUGCUGCAACACGAGCGGAUCCACACAGACAGCCGGCCGUACGGAUGUCCAGAGUGCGGCAAGCGGUUUCGUCAACAAUCCCAUCUCACGCAGCAUCUGCGCAUACAUGCUAACGAGAAGCCAUACGCUUGCGUAUACUGCGAGCGUACAUUCCGGCAGCGUGCCAUCCUCAACCAGCAUCUGCGCAUCCACUCGGGUGAGAAGCCAUACCAAUGUCCGGAGUGCGGAAAACACUUCCGUCAGAAGGCGAUCCUGAAUCAGCACGUCCGCACACACCAAGACGUGAGCCCACACCUCAUCUUCAAGAACGGAAUGACGCCGACUCUCUGGCCGCAGGACGUUCCUUUUCCGCCCGAAGAAGGUAAGGAGGAGGUGGCGUCGACAUUCGGUGACACGGACACGCAGUCGGGUGCGUUCAGUCCGGCGCCGGACGCCAAUUCCAUCCAGUAUCCAGCAUACUUUAAAGAUCCAAAGGGUGGCAAUCACGCGGUCUUUGGCGCAGGUGGCUCGGGCAGUUUCGGCGCCUUGCAGUACAUCAAGCAGCAGGGUGGCACGAAGAGCUGUCUACCCGACGUGAUACAGCACGGCCGUUCAGCCGGCAUGCCGUUGUACGUGCGUUGUCCGAUCUGUCAAAAAGAGUUCAAGCAGAAGUCCACGCUGCUGCAACACGGGUGUAUACACAUCGAAUCGCGGCCGUAUCCUUGCCCGGAAUGCGGCAAGCGAUUCCGGCAACAGUCCCAUCUCACGCAGCAUUUACGUAUCCACACGAACGAGAAGCCGUACGGUUGCGUGUACUGUGGACGCAACUUCCGCCAGCGCACGAUUCUCAAUCAGCAUUUGCGUAUCCACACCGGUGAGAAGCCUUACAAGUGCCAGCAGUGCGGCAAGGACUUCCGCCAAAAGGCGAUCCUGGACCAGCACACGCGCACUCAUCAGGGCGAUCGGCCGUUCUGUUGUCCGAUGCCCAAUUGCAGGCGGCGCUUCGCCACCGAGCCCGAGGUGAAGAAGCACAUCGACAACCAUAUGAACCCGCAUGCGGCUAAAGUGCGCCGGAACUCGAGCGGUGACUCGAAACCGCCCGGUACACCCGCGGGCCUGGGUCCGGUACCUGUGCCCCGCGGCCUCACGCCGACGGUUGUCAAGCCGGAGCUCUACUUCCCGCAGUGCUACGCGCCCGCCUUCAACCACCAGCCGCCGGUCUCCACCGCGCAAUUCCCCGGCGCCCAGGCGAACGGCGUGUCUGUGACUGGCGAGUUCAAGCCGCCGACCGGUCUGCCGCCGCAGUGA